AUGGAGAACACUUCCGCGUCCAUCAUUAUCCCCGAGCAGCGCCACCGCGCGGUCCACCCCGAGGCCGGAUCCUCGCCCUCGUCCUACUCGAGCUCUCCGAGCUCCCCGGAGCCGUCACCCAACUCGCCAUCUCGGGCUCCGCAGAAACAAAGGCUUUUGCACGCGAGACGACCAAGCCUACUGAGCUCGGCCUUCACCCAGCAGGAAUGUACCACCAUCAAGAUCGGUGACGACCCCGAAGGCCCCAUACGCCUGGUUACCUACCUCGCCUCUGGCCAAGGCUUCAUAUGGAAUCCCGAAAUCUUCGUUCCGUCCUUCUGCGAUUACGAGUAUGUGCCGCUCGAACAGCGCCGCGACCCGGUGCACGAAAUCCACCUGAGCGACGAGGAGAUCAGGAAAAUGCUUCCGCAAUGA